GUGGAUUGCGAUUGUGUUUAUUUAAAUAAUUUCCAAUUCCGAUGUUCCAAUGGAAAGUUUUAACUUUCAACAGAAUUUUUGAAACAAAUUUUUGAACACGUAUAUAUAUACAGUUUUACAGUAAAUGAGUUUAACCAAAUGGCCAAUACAGACACGAAUUAAUUAAAAAGGCUGCUGUUCGUCGUACGAUUGGACUUUGUUUCUUGUAGUGUUCACAUACUAGUAUGAAUAUAUUUCUGCUUUAAUUAGAUUUUAUUAUUGUCUACUAAAUCCGGUCUUCGGUAUAUUGUUUUCAUUAGGUAAUUCCAUAUAUUGUACUAUGUCAUUAGUAAAAGAUAAAUCUAUAAGGACAGAUAAUAAGAAAGAGUGUAGCAAUAAUAAAACAAGUAAGAUUUUGAAAGGUGUCACCAUGAGCUUAUUGAAGCAAUUAUUUUUCUGCUUUCGCUUGUAUCUGGACAUGUUCAUAGAUUUUCUAUUUUCAUUAUACUGGGAUGGACAGCGUAGAACAAUACCAUCAUUGGAGAAAAAACAUAAUUUGCUUAAAGAAAGUGCUGUGACUUUGGCCGCAAAGAUAAGAAAUAAGGAAUUAAAAUCAAGAGAUUUAGUGGCCGCUUGCAUUGAAAGGAUUAAAAUUGUAAAUCCAUAUUUAAACGCAAUAACUGAUGAGAGAUUUGAGGAUGCUUUAAAAGAUGCAGAAGAGGUGGAUAAAAUAAUAGAAAAGGGCUUGUCAGACGAGGAAUUCGAGAAGAAACCCUUCCUAGGUGUUCCAUUCACGGCGAAAGAGAGUCAUGGUGUGCUUGGUAUGUUACAUACACUCGGUGUGACCGCUAGAAGCGGCGCACGCGCAACUGAGGACGCGGAAUGCGUACGUCUAUUGCGAAAUGCCGGUGCGAUACCCGUAGCCGUCACCAACGUACCGGAGAUUAAUAAAUGGCAAGAAACACGCAAUAUGUUGUUCGGACAGACUAACAAUCCAUACCACACAGGCCGAACUGUCGGAGGCUCUAGUGGGGGUGAAGCCGCUCUUUGCGCAGCCCUAGCUAGUCCUAUAUCGCUGUGUUCCGAUAUCGGUGGUUCGACUCGUAUGCCUGCAUUUUUCUCUGGACUUUAUGGUCUCAAUCCUACAGCUGGUCACACUAGUCUUAAAGGAUCGGUACUCCGAACGGGUCUGAACCCUACAAUGGCAUCCAUUGGCUUUGUAAGUAAACACCUGGAAGAUCUGGCGCCUCUCACUAAAGUCGUAGCCGCAGAAAAAGCGGAUCUACUCGACCUGGAUAAGAAAAUUGAAAUUAAGGACGUGAAAUAUUUCUUCACGGAGUGUGCCAAGGAUCUGCGCGUGAGUCCUGUUUGUUCUGAACUGAGGAAAGCUAUGAGAAGAGUAAUAAAGCGUCUUGCUGACGAGAGCCCCAAUUCCCCAACACCGUACUAUCACACUGGGUUUAACUAUAUGUACUCCUUGUGGAGGCAUGCUAUGACCAAAGAGAACGAACGCUUUGCAAGUCUUCUUCUCGACAAUGCGGGAGAGGUUCACGGGUUAACAGAGUUGGGGAAGAAGUUGCUUGGAAAAUCUGAAUUUACAGCUGCAGCUAUUAUUAAAUUGUUGGAUGACCAAGUGUUGCCACCUGUUAGCAAAGAAUGGGGAGACAAACUUACAGAGGAAUUGAAGAAAGAUCUUGUGAACACCCUUGGUACAAAUGGUGUGUUAAUAUUCCCAUCGGCACCUCAGCCUGCGCCAUACCACUACAGCCUGUAUCUUCGGCCAUUUAAUUUCUCAUACUGGGGGAUAUUCAACGUUCUGCAUUUGCCUUCCAUUCAGAUCCCUCUGGGCCUCAACGCGGAAGGCGUUCCGCUUGGAAUCCAGGUGGUGGCUGGUCCGCGGCAAGAAACUCUCUGCCUGACAGUUGCCAAACAUUUGCAGACUAUGUUCGGUGGAUAUGUGCCGCCUUGUACUAUUCAUGAUUAAAAUAUAGUAUGCAUAUAUUGGGGCUUGGAUUUGGCUUAUGGUUAAAGGUUAUUGCUGCAUUUAUUGACGCUUCAGCGUGCGAAUCUUAUCCUUAAGGUCGUAGUUUCGAUUCCCGACUGUACACCAAUGGACUCUCGUUCUGUGUGUAAAAUUCCCUCGAAAAAAUGGUUUGUACACCCAAAAAAGUCGAUGGCGUGUGAGCCCUAUUUGCAUAUUAGAUAUAUAAUGAUUUUACAUGUAUAUAUCUGAUGCCCAGACCUAAAAGGUUGUAACGCCAAGGAUUAUAUUUUAAUAAAAUGUUUACAGCGCCAUCUAGUAGUCUUUGUACGAAAACAAUAUUUUUUUAAUGGAUUUUAAAUAUAUUAAAAAUGUUAUAUUGUAAAAAUACUUUAAAUUGUAUGAAUUAAACAAUACUCCAUUGAUUUGUUAUACUCUAAUUGGUGAUAUAUUUUAUACUGUUGAGGUGAAGGUAAUGUUGGAUAUUUUAAUAAACUGUUUUUUUU